ACGUGUGCAGGAAGGCGGAAACCAGCAAACGUUCAUUUUCACGGUAUUAUGAGUAAAGCUAUGAUUUUCACCCAAUGGUUUAAAGUUAGUCACGGAUAAAUUAGACAUUUUUAAAAACUAUAACAUUAUUUUUUUAUUGACAUUUUUUAUUGAUAUGUGUGAAUAGGCGACAGGUGCCCAUUCGUUCACCUCUCUUAAAAAUAAUUCAGCUCAACGAGGGGAGCAGUUGACUCUGAGACCAGAUGUCUUCCUCCCCCUCCUCCACCUCCUCUGUACUUCUAAACACGGGGGUUCAAAUGCCCCUUCUGGGUCUGGGGACCUACAAGUUGUGGGGCCCUGAGGAUGUCCACCGGGCCGUGGAUGCCGCCCUGGCUGCCGGUUACCGUGCCUUCGACAGUGCAGCCGUGUACAAGAACGAAGCCGACUUGGGGCGAGCCCUGAGGGAGCUCCUGCCCAAAUACGGCUUGACCAGGGAGGAUGUAUUCAUAACCAGCAAGCUGGGCCCAAAGGAUCAGGGCGAGAAAGCGAUGCAAGGAGCUCUCCAUAGCCUGUCGCAGCUUGACUUGGACUACAUUGACCUCUAUCUGAUCCACUGGCCUGGCACACAGGGUCUGGUUGUGGCUGAUCAACGCAACCCCGGCAAUCGAGCUGAGAGUUGGGCCGCGCUGGAGGAGCUGCACAGCCAGGGGAGGCUGAAGGCCAUAGGAGUGUCAAACUACACACCAGCACACAUGAGAGAACUGGUGCAGACCUGCAGAAUCUCUCCUGCAGUGCUGCAGGUAGAGUUUCACCCACGGUUAUGCCAGGCAGAGCUGAGGAGUGUGUGUGCGGAGUACGGAGUGUGUUUCCAAGCCUACUCGUCUCUCGGGAAAGGAGAGCUGGUCACUGAUCCCAGGGUUACGGAGGUGGCAAAGAACUGUGCACGCACACCUGCCCAGGUGCUGUUGCGCUGGGCCGUGCAGCAGGAUGUCCCAGUGCUCCCAAAGUCCUCCAAUGCAGACAGAAUAAAGGAGAAUGCCAGACUUUUCGACUUCACACUGAGCGACAUGGACAUGGACAGACUGUCUGCCUUGGACUGUGGGCACAAGUACUGCUGGGAUCCUUCAGAGAGAUCGUCUCUCCGCACUUGGCGCAGCCUUCCGUCCAUGUGGAUGGGGUUCAGACAGCCAAAGGCUGUCAAACUCGUCACUCAUCCGCCGGAGCUUCUGGCCGUAUUUCAUGGCCGCCCACAGCGCAGGAGGAGCCGACUUGGACCUCCCCCGGAAUGGAGCUCCGUCGGUGGGCGUACCGGCUUCCUCGUCCCACCUGGUCAGGAGCUCCUCGUCUCGUGAGAGAGUGGAAGCGUUGGACUCCGAGUUCAGCCGGAUUCGACCGGUUGCUGCGUCGGGAGAGGGAAAGGUAACGGGUUAGGAUUAGAUUUACAAAAAGCAUCAGGAAAGGGGGGUGGGGAAUAAAGAGAUAAAGAACAGAAGGAAUAGAGGAAUUCCUUGUAUUACUCAUCAUUUGAUUGUGUUCAAAAAUUUCAAAUUGUGCAGCAAAAAUACAAAAGCCGAGAAAAGGCAGGACAAAAAAAGGGACAGUAGGAUUUUCUUUGGUUGGAUGCAUUGAAAUAAAACGUAUUUUCCCUAUUUUGAGCAAGACUAGAGCAGCUGUUGCACAACACGAAACUGGACGGAGCCUGUUUCCAUGAACCUGAACGCUCCCUCUCACAGGCAGGAAAGAACAUGUAGUGAUACAGCAAUAUGUACCUGGGAGUCCCUCUCAACUCGCAGUCGUCUGAGGUUUCCUACCUGCCAUUCGCAGCUCAGGGAGGGCGAGGGUGUGGCGCGGAGGAACCUGCUCCCCUGGCCCGGUCCACGGUUGGCUCACUUCUCCUUCCUCCACCUCCUCCGAUGGCUCUGACUCACUGUCUGAUAUUGUGAAGUUUGCCGCCAUUGUGACAUCUGGGGGAGGAAAGACACAUGGAACCGGCAAAGUCCCCGUAUUACGCACAAGGAAAUGCCCAUACACAGCUGCACCCAGUGGACACGUGUCACUGGGCUUGGACGUCUGGUUGGUGGUAGUGUGGAUUUGUCUGAAAAUGAUGAUCAAAACAGCACGUGUCCCUCUGCCCCUCUAUGACGAGGAGCCACCACAGAGAGAGAACGGCACAUGACAGUGGAUGCGCGAUUGACUGUCAGACAGCACGCGAGAUUGUCAUUCAAGACUAUUCGAAGGGCAUCAUCUACUGCAGCGCUGCCGCUGCCCACACCGAACACACCCAGCAGGCUGCCUGCUGCUCCCCGCCCGCCCCGACGUGAGCCAGGCCAAAGGCGACCGACGUGCAGCAGCCCGCGAGAUACACACCGACGCGUCCGGACGACCAACACCCGGAAUGUCGCAUCACUUCCGACUUGUUAUUUUACACUGUUCGAUGACACAGUCCCUCUCCGGCCAACACGCCGACUCGCCGGAUGUGUGUGUGUGUGUGUGUGUGUGUGUGUGUGUGUGUGUGUUGUUGUUGUUGACGCCUGCAGAGGACAAAAGAAACUUCCUGCAGGGCGGCAGCAGCUGCAGCUGCGGGGCUGUCGUAGCUAACAGCUGACGCGGCCGGAAUAAACCCAGAUUAUGAAGAUUAUUUUCUUACCCGAAAUGUUUUUUCUUGCGGGAGUGUGUCGUCGCGGAGCCUCGUGCGGCCGCGGCUGCUGUUGUUAUUGUCGGUGUCCCGUCUCCCCCCCUGUGCAGCGCCGCUCAGCUCCGGCGCUCUCGCCCAAUCGCCGCGCGUCGCCGCACCGCCGCUGCGCGCUGACGUCACUGUUGCGAGCGAGGACUGGGCCGGGGCUUUGUUUGUCCUCCCCGGCUUACCGUAAUGUGCGCGGUAGAGGCGCAGCCGGGUUUAGGACGGAAGUCAGGGGAGUUGUUACGUCUGUCUAUUUCCUCUAUGUGGAGUAAAAGUAGUCUUACCACAGUACUCGUACGUUAUUAUCUAAUCAGGCUACUUUAUAUUAUACUGCAUUUCAGAAGCAAAAAAUAUUGCACGUUUACGCCACUACAGUACUUUUAUUUAUAAUAAUAAUAAUAAUAAUAAUAAUAAUUGUAUUUAUAUAGCACCUUUCAGAAGUAGCUACACAAAAACCUACAAAUCACAGACAAUAAAAAAAUCAGCAUUCCAACAAUAAUAGGGUUUUCAGGUCACAUGUGAAUAAAGAAAGAUAUAAAAAUGCUGAUGGUUUGUUCUGAAUUAAACUAGCAGUCAGAAACAUUCGAGUCGAAGUGAAAUGAUUUGUCCAAUGUCAGUAAAAUUAAAUAUGAAGUCAUUUUUCAUAUAAAGAUGGAUCCACACUUCAUGUGCAUGGCAAUUAUGUCUUAGUAUUUUCCUAACCUUUUAGAAACCGAACAAACAAAUCAAGAAAAUAAUGAUUUCAUGAUUUUUAACACUACCACAUAACCUUUUCAAUGUUGGACUUUUUCUUGUAAUGGCAUUAGUACUUUUACUUAAGUAAAGGCUCACGGGCCUAACCCUAACCCUUGCUGAUCACAUUAUUAAAAGCUAAAUUACUUAUCCAGCAGAAUUCCCCUUGUGAUGUGAAUUCAAACUACUUUUUAAAAGUUGAGUCUUGAAUUUUUACCCAUGCAUCAUAUUUUAUAAAUUGAUCAGUAUAUCUGAA